AUGUUACCCUUUCACCCGGGACUUUUCAGGCUGCUUGUGAGGUGAAGAGAGAGAAGUGGUUCCUCGGUUCAGCAAUCAAGCAACAGCGUAACUCAGCCGGCAGAUAUGAGUUCUUCUAGUAGCUCUCUGGAUGAUGAGGAUACCUUUAAGAUCCUGGUUGCUACUGACAUUCACUUGGGCUUUAUGGAGAAAGAUGCUGUGCGGGGAAAUGACAGCUUUGUGGCUUUUGAUGAAAUCCUCCGACUCGCUCAAGACAAUGAAGUAGACUUCCUUCUUUUGGGUGGAGAUCUUUUCCAUGACAACAAACCCUCCAGAAGGACCCUCCACAUUUGUUUAGAACAGUUGAGGAAGUAUUGCAUGGGCGAUCGUCCAAUUGAGUUUGAGGUUCUGAGUGACCAGUCUGUAAAUUUUGGCUAUAGCAAAUUUCCUUGGGUGAAUUACCAGGAUAACAAUCUGAAUAUUUCUCUGCCAGUCUUCAGUGUGCAUGGAAACCACGAUGACCCAACAGGGGCAGAUGCUCUUUGCGCUUUGGAUAUUUUAAGCAGCGCUGGGCUCGUGAAUCACUUUGGACGUGCUACAUCUGUAGAAAAGAUAGACAUUAGCCCUGUAUUGCUGCAGAAGGGCCACUCAAAGAUCGCUCUGUAUGGACUCGGGUCCAUACCUGAUGAGCGACUGUAUCGAAUGUUUGUUAAUAAACAAGUCAUGAUGCUGCGCCCUCGAGAGGAUGAGUCCAGCUGGUUUAACUUGUUUGUUAUCCAUCAGAACAGGAGUAAACAUGGCCCAACAAAUUACAUCCCGGAACAGUUUUUAGAUGAGUUUUUGGAUUUGGUUAUUUGGGGUCACGAGCAUGAGUGCAAAAUCGCGCCAACAAGGAAUGAACAGCAACUCUUCUACGUGUCCCAGCCUGGAAGUUCGGUGGCCACAUCCCUUUCUCCAGGGGAGGCAGAAAAAAAGCAUGUGGGUUUAUUGCGAAUUAAAGGGAAAAAAAUGAACAUGCAGAAGAUUCCCCUGCAGACAGUCCGCCAGUUCUUCAUUGAAGACCUUGUCUUAAGUGACUACCCUGAUAUAUUCAACCCAGACAAUCCUAGAGUAACACAAGAGAUAGAGACCUUUUGCAUUGAGAAGGUAGAAGCAAUGCUCGACACUGCUGAGAGGGAACGCCUGGGAAAUCCGCGGCAGCCAGAUAAACCAUUGAUAAGACUGCGAGUAGAUUACACAGGUGGUUUUGAGCCUUUCAACACUCUUAGGUUCAGUCAGAAAUUCGUUGAUCGGACUGCCAACCCCAAGGACAUUAUCCACUUCUUCAGACAUAAAGAGCAAAAGGACAAGAAAGACAGUAUCACAAUUAAUUUUGGGAAAAUUGACAGCAAGCCUCUGUUGGAGGGCACAACGCUAAGGGUGGAAGACCUGGUGAAAGAAUACUUUAAAACAGCAGAGAAGAAUGUUCAGCUGUCUCUUCUAACAGAGAGAGGGAUGGGAGAAGCGGUUCAGGAGUUUGUGGACAAAGAGGAGAAGGACGCCCUCGAGGAACUGGUGAAAUUCCAACUAGAGAAGACGCAGAGAUUUCUCAAAGAGCGCCACAUCGAUGCUGAGGAGGAGAAGAUAGAUGAAGAGGUGCGGAAAUUCAGAGAGACAAGAAAGACUAACACAAAUGAGGAAGAUGAAGAAGUUCGAGAGGCUAUUCAACGGGCCAGAACCCACAGAUCACAGGCGCCAGAUGUUGAAAUGAGUGAUGAGGAUGAUGAUGCACUACUGAGAAAGGUGUCACUGUCUGAUGAUGAAGAUGUUAGAGCAUCAAUGCCAGCACGUGGCAGGGGAAGAGGCCGUGCCCGGGGAGGCAGAGGACAGAGUACAACCACAAGGGGAACUUCAAGACGGGGAAGAGGCAGUGCAAGCGCUGAUCAGCCCUCUAGUGGAAGAGCAACAAAAGCUACUGGAAAAAACAUGUCCAUCUUAGAUGCCUUUAAACCCUCAUCAAGACAACCCACAGCAAGAAAUGUGGCCAAGAAGACUUAUUCUGAGGACAUCGAGGAUGACAACUCAGAUCUCGAAGAAGUCUCUUUUACACCUUCUUCUGUCAUAGAAAGUCGUAGAACCUCUAGCACUUCAACGUCAUAUAGCAGGAAGAGUACACAGCCACAGAGCCAGGCCACAAAAGCGCAUUUCUUCGAUGACGAUGAUGACGAGGAGGAUUUCGACCCUUUCAAGAAAAGUGGGCCUUCCAGAAGGGGCCGUAGAUAAAUAUGAUUGGUUUUAAAGACAUACAACACAGAAUGUCCAACGUGCAACCCUCUAGUUGCCACUAAUGGGUUUGAUAGACUUCAGUUAACAGGGCCACAGCCUGUACUCCUCUAAAUGAUAUACUGAACUGACCCAGGAUAGAAGGUUGAUGGCUAUAUUAAUAUAAAUUAUAUUGUUAAAUAUAUACAGAACUUCAUAUUUAGAACUAUUAGAAGAUGUAUGUAUGUCUUUCAUAGUCAGUUUUGACGCUAUAAUUUUUUUCUGUUAGGGAAAUGUCUUCUCUACCCGACCUUAAAUGUGUGCUUUUAGUCAAGGUAGCUCUCUUUGCGUUAUGAUGAAAGUCCUUGGUGGUCUUAUUUAGAUAUACAAAAAUUUGCAGGCAGAAUCUACAUGCAUGAAACAAGAGUUGUUAGAAGAGGAGAGAAUAAACCAAUGUAAGUCUUCCAGCUUUAUUAUAUCAGCCUAGCAAAGUUGCUUGCCUUUUGUAAUAUUGCAUAGUCUGAACUGAUAAAUUACAUUGCGCAACCACUUCAUGGAAACAGAUGACAGAUAUAGCACCUUCCACUUUGUUGCAAAGGCUUUCUGAUACUUUAAAAGAAAAUAUCAUACUAUGAGUAUACUUGGCAAAAAAAAAAUUGAUUAAAAGUUAUUUUUUUUCUUUUUUUAAUUACGACUGUAUUUACUGUUUUGGUGUGAUUUACUGAAACUUGACAUUUAUAUUGUUUUGAUGUUUGCCCCCAAUCUUUGAUAUAGAUUCAAAAUAACAUUAUAAAAUCUAUAGAGCGUUGGAGUAACUGUCAGACAACAACAGUUUUAAUAAAAAUAAAGCAGAAAAAUAAACAAAACCCAAGCUGGUUUUAAGAAUAA